CCCGCGUACACGCUCGCGGCGCUGCCCAGGGGGGCGAAGCGGCGGCCGGGGGCGAUCCCGGCGGUCCCGAGGGUCCCAAUCCCGCCGGAGCGGACGGAGCUGGAAUAGACGGUGCGGCGGGAGAAGCUCAUGGGGACGGUGACACGACGGCGGGAGCCCGAGAGUCGCACGGACGGACGCACGGAUGGAAUUCCGGGCGGGAAUUGUGGCCGGGAUUUAUAGCCGGGAGCGGCCCCACGGCACCUCCCCACGGCCUCGCUCCCGGGAAGAUGUCAGUCUCCAUCCCCCGGCAGCCGCUGCGGAGCAGCUCGGCCGUUCCGGGCCGUUCCUUCUCGUCCCGCUCCUUCACGGCCGGCCCGGCGCUGAGGAUGAGCACGGCCCCGGCCCUCGGCCCUUACGGGGGGCUCCGUGGUGGCUCCGGGGGGCUCGGGGGACCCUCGUGGGUCCCGGGGGCGGGCGGGGGCAUCACGGCUGUCACCAUCAACCGGAGUCUCCUGGCGCCUCUGGACGUGGCCGUGGAUCCCGAGCUGCAGGAGCUGCGCCGAGAGGAGAAGGAGCAGAUCAAGAGCCUCAACGAUAAAUUCGCCGCCUUCAUCGACAAGGUGCGGUUCCUGGAGCAGCAGAACAAACUCCUGGAGACCAAGUGGGGGCUCCUGCGGGCACAGCCCCCCCCCCGCAGCACCCUGGGGGGGCUCCUCGAGGGCUACGCAGGGACCCUGCGGCGGCAGCUGGAGGGGCUCGGGCAGGAACGGCAGCGGCUGCGCGCAGAGCUCGGCCACGUCCGGGGGCUCGUCGAGGAGUUCAAGGCCAAGUAUGAGGAGGAGAUCAACCACCGCACAGAGAAGGAGAACGAGUUUGUCCUGCUCAAAAAGGAUGUGGACGAAGCCUACAUGUCCAAGGUAGAGCUGGAAUCGCGCCUGGAGAGCCUCACGGACGAGAUAAACUUCCUGCGGCAGCUCUAUGAGGAGGAGCUGCAGGAGCUGCGGGCGCAGGUGUCGGACACGGCUGUGGUGGUGUCCAUGGACAACAGCCGCCAGCUGGACAUGGCCGGUGUCCUGGCGGACGUGCGGGCGCAGUACGAGGACAUCGCUGGCCGCAGCCGUGCUGAGGCUGAGGGCCUCUACCAGGUCAAGUACGAGGAACUGAAGACGGCGGCCGGGAAGCAGGGAGACGACCUGCGCCAGACCCGGAGCCAGAUCCAGGAGCUGAACCGGCGGAUCCAGCGGAUCCAGGCAGAGAUUGAGGCUCUGAAAAAUCAGCGCUCUGGGCUGGAGGUGGCCGUGGCCGAGGCCGAGGAGCGCGGGGAGCUGGCACUGAGGGACGCCCGGGCCAAGCUGGCAGGGCUGGAGGGGGCCCUGGCCCAGGCCAAGCAGGACCUGGCCCGGCAGCUGCGGGAAUACCAGGAGCUCAUGAACGUCAAGCUGGCCCUGGACAUCGAGAUCGCGACCUACAGGAAGCUGCUGGAGGGCGAGGAGAGCAGGCUCGAGGCUGCUGUGCAGAACCUGAGCAUCCACACCAAGACUUCGGGGUACCUGGGUGGGUUCGGGGGAGGUUUUGGGGGGGGAUUUGGGGGGGCGUUUGGGGGCGCCGUGGUCAGCUCAGGGUACUCGGUGCCGCCCCCACCCCCCGAGAGCACGGCCCCCCUCAAAUCCCGUGCCAUCGUCAUCAAGAAGAUCGAGACCCGUGAUGGGAAGCUUGUGUCCGAGUCCUCCGACGUCCUGGAAAGCUGAACCCCCUUUCCUGGGGGACCCCCAUUCCUUGGCUUGGCCAGCUGAGCUGAGCCUCUCUCUUUCCUGAGCAGACCCUAAAUCCUGACCUGCUGAGCCCUCCCUGGGCCCCACUUCCUGGGGUGUCCCCCAUGUCCACACAAACUGAACCCCCCUUUCCCAGGGGGGUCCUCCAUGUUCCCUGCAAUCCCAGGGUGUCCCGCUAAGUCCUGACCAGGCAAAACUCCUUUCCUGAGAGGGGUUCCCCAUGUCCAGCUCAGCUGAGCCCUCCCCCUUUCUUGGGGGGGUCACUCUGUGUCUUGGGGGGUCCCUGAUGUCCAGCCCAGCUGAGCCCCCCUGGGCCUUCCCUUCUCAGGGUGUCCCCCCAUAUCCUCCCAAGCUGAACCCCCUCUUCUGAGGUGGGAGGGACGGUCCCCCAUGUCCUGACAUUCUGAGCCCCCCCAAGUCCCCUCUUUCCUGCCUGGGGGGAUCCCCCCAGGCCACCUGAGCCCCCUGAGUCCCCUUUCCUGGGGGUCCUGUCCGUGUCCUGAGGGGAUCUUUUGGGAGGGGGGUCCCCCUUGUCCAGGCCAGCUGAGCCCAUUCCCUUCUUGGGGGGUCCCCCCAUUCCCCUGGGGGUCCCCCAUGUCCUGACCUGCUGAGCCCCCCCCCCCCUUGGUGUGUCCCCCCUCCAUCCUGGCCCCCUUCCCUGGGGGACCCCAGCUCCCGACAGGACACCAGGCACCCUCUGCUGACAGCCUGAGCCAGUGCCAGUGCCAGUCUCCCCUGGGGGGCUCCAACCCCCCCAUUGUCCCCUCUCGGACUGGGGGGUGGGAACUGGGGGGUCUGGGCCUCCCCCGGGUGUUCUGCUUGCUGCUGGAAUAAAACCUUGGAAAUUC